UAUGGAUAACUAAUAUAAGAUCAUAAAAUUUAAAUGUUGAAUUGUAUUUCAUAUACGAUUUAUUUGUUAGAAAUUGAUUGAGCAACUGAACAAUAAAUUAUUCAUUUAUUUAUUGGUAGUCAUGGAGUUAUUGCAUUAAGUCCCGAGGAGUCACGAAUUCAGGUAAAAGUUUUAUCUCGGCAUAGACCGUUCACCUGUGUUAAACGUCUAUUAGGUAGAAAGAUCAAUGGUUAAACAAUUGGAUUGAUAUAUCAAAAAUCAUUUGUUCGAUAAAUUCGGAACUUAGUUCAUAAGAAAAGAUAUAUACUAGUUCAGAGAAUCAAAUGUUAUGAAAUAAGUUGUUUUUCAACAAUUAACUAAGAUUUAUUAGUUUAUAAUGGAACAUGAAUGAUCUGUGUGCACAAGAAACAGGAUGUAAAAUAUUCAAGGAAACCUAAAUGCAUUGUCAGUAUGGUCUUGGCACAUUGUGAAGAUUCCAUAUAUAAAGAAAAAGAUCUUGAUGAAGAUUUGGAUUACGAAGACGAAGAUUUCAGAUCACCAUGAUUAUUACACAUCUAGAAUUAUAUCUGAUUCAGAAGGCGCCUACUGGAAUGAGUUGGAAAAUCACACAAGACAUAUACUAUCAAAUGACCAUCGUCGCAAAUAUUCGUUAAAAAGGAUUUCAUUUAAUUUUCCUUUCUAUGGACGUCCAAUUAAUACAUUUGCAAUUACCACACAAGGAUUUCUUUAUAUGAGUACUUUCACUCACCCGCAGUUAAACUGGGCGUUUACCCAUCAUAUUGCACCGUUAAUGGGUAACUUUGAUACCAUUGGAAAUGACUCACACAUUCUGUACAAAGACGAUGGACACAGUUUUGUAGUAGAGUGGCGGAAUGUUGAGCUGAAUGACCAAUCUGAGAAAGGACCUUAUACCUACCAGACGACACUGUUUAAAAAUGGUACAAUACUGUUUGCAUAUAAAUCAGUUCCCGAUACCGACAUAUCUGGUAAACUCUGGCCAGUUAAGGUUGGUGUUUCUGAUGCGUUUUACUUUGACCGUGAUUCACCAUUUGGCGGAUAUACGAGAUUUGUAGUUCGUUACCAUCUAAUAAACUUAAACGUGUCAUAUCUUGCUAACUACACUGCUAUUGUGUUAGAUCCUUUACCGACUUGUAACGAAGCAACAACAUGUGAAAACUGCACGUCUCUUAACAUUGCGUUUAAUUGUUCAUGGUGUCACGCAGCAUCAAGAUGUUCAAGUGGAAUUGAUUGGCAUCGACAAAAUUGGCGUAAUAAAAGAUGCGAUGAAAACUCUGUUGGUACACCUGAGCAGUGCCCAAUACCAACAAACAUACCCACCACUACCACAACCACAAGUAAACCAACGACACCAAUAGCCACUACUACUAAGGCCACGACUACAAUUCCGUCAAAACCAGCAUCAACGACAACAAGGCCGUCGACGUUGAAAAUCACAACAACAAAAAUAAUGUCGACUACGGCGGAGCCUCGAACCACAUCUACUUUGGGUACAGUAAGAAGUGAUGCAGUUCGCUCUAAGAAAGAUUCCAAAUCGGAAACAGCUAUUGUUGUACCACUUGUUAUUGCUUUGGUGGUUAUUUUGAUUUUAUGUGGUGCUUGGAUAAUUUACGCACGGACACAUCCAAACACAAGAUCGGGAAUAUGGCUGAUUGAGCAUUCUCCAAGAAAGAUGAAAGAGAAAUUUUCUGGAAUAUCGUUUUUCAAAGAUUCCAAAGAAGAUACUAGUACUAUUCAUUCAAAGUAUGGAGUUCAGAGCGAUAGCAGUACAUUUUGAUAACAUUGUCAAAUAUUGUUAAACAAAUUAAAAAAAGAAUUGAUUAUAUUCAAAUAUAUGUAACAUGUAUAUAAAUAAUU